AGGGCGUGACCCUGUUUCUAUCUCUGGACAGAACAAAGACUGCCAUCCACCAUGGUGAAGCUGGGCUGCAGCUUCUCUGUGAAACCAGGCAAAGAGCCAGGGAUCCAAGUUGGGGCUGCCAUGGACGGUGUGCCUCUGAUCAGCCCCCUGGAUGUCAGCCAGCUCCAGCCACCGUUCACCGACCAGGUGGUCAUCAAGACCCAGACGGAAUACCAGUUGUCCUCUCCAGACCAGCUGAAGAAUUUCACUGACCUGGAGGGCCAGCGCCUGAACUUCGGCCACCCAGAGGAAGGGCGCAGGCUGCCCACAGCGCGGAUGAUCGCCUUUGUCAUGGCGCUUCUGGGCUGCGUCCUGAUCAUGUACAAGGCCAUCUGGUAUGACCAGUUCACCUGCCCAGAUGGCUUCCUCCUUCGGGUAAGUGGGGCCUGGAGCCUGGGGCCUGGUGGGGCAGUAGAGACCGCCUGUCCUCUGAUGGCCUCUGGACAGGGCCAAGGCACGGGAGGGGUCCUACCAGGGUCGCUCCGUGAAAGCCUCAGGAAGGGGGCGUCCCCCUCCCCCAUCCCAUGCCCCACCAAGGCCGCGGCGGCGUCGGAGCCCGUUUGGGGGUCGCGGAGGGCGGCGCGUGAGCAGGCGUGGCGUCUUCCCACGCAGGGUCCCUCGCUGAAGCCCCCGCCCCAGAGUCUGGAGAGCGGCUGCAAACGGGAAGCUUGCUGGGGCCGAAAGCCGUGGCUCCUCCGGGCAGAGGAGCCGGACACAGGUGGAUCCAGGUGCAAACGCCGCCUGGGUUCCGCAACCCUGCGUGGCCAGUGCCUCGUCCUGGCCGACUCGCCCCAGUCAGCCACG